AUGCAGCGGGGGGUGACCCCCGAGGUGACAUUCGAGGAGGUGGCCGUGCGCUUCUCCCCCGAGGAGUGGGCGCAGCUGGCGCCCUGGCAGCGGGAGCUGCACCGACAGGUCAUGUGCGACAACUACGAGAUGGUGGCCAGCCUGGACCCCAACUCCACGUUCCCCCACAUGAAGGAGGAGUCGCACGGGGGGGCUCCCUGCGCUGGGGGGCACAGCGGAGAUAGCGACAGCACCGACAGCACCGACAGCUGUGCCUGGAGCGGCUCUGACACCAAGGAUGACGCCGGGGGACGCUGGCAAUCGGGCUCCGGUGUCCCCCGCUCGGGCUGCCGCGACACCGAGCGGGGGGGCCGUGCCGGGGCCCUGCCCCGGCCGGUGCCGGCGGCGUCGGGGCUCCUCACCGGCAGGAGCGGCGGGGCCGAGGCGCUCCCGGGCCGGCCGUACCUGUGCGGCACCUGCGGCAAAUCCUUCCGGCACCGCCGCAGCCUCCUGGCGCACAAGAAGCUGCGCCGGGGGAACCGGGCCCGGCACGGCUGCUCCGAGUGCGGCCGCAGCUUCUGCCUGCGCGGGGACCUGCUGCGGCACCGUGACUCGCACCGGGAGCGGCCCCCGCGCUGCGCGGGCGCGGCGGGGCCGGCCGGGGAGCGGCCCUUCGUGUGCGGGCGCUGCGGGAAGAGCUACAGCUGGCGGGAGAGCCUGGAGCUGCACCUGCGGCAGCACCGCGCCCACCCGUGCCCCGAGUGCGGCCGCGUGUUCCCGCACCGCGGGCACCUCUGGCUGCACCGCCGGGGCCACUCGCGCCAGCGGCCCUUCCCCUGCUCCCGCUGCGGCCGCACCUUCGCAUCGCGGGCCAACCUCAGCUCACACCGCAGGACGCGCCGGCAAUGCCGGCCCCGCAGCCGCGGGCCCCGCGGGGACGGGGACGGGGACCCCCGCGGGGACAGGAACAGCGACAGGGACCCCCAUAAGAUCACGAGGCGGGAGCCGUUUUCCCAAUUAAAUUCCUGA